UCAAUUGUUGUUGCAUUUUCCGGUUGGGAUGUAUUGAAGGAAGAGAGGGUUAGAAAAUGGCGAGUGGCGGAAAGGGGGAGAAGAUAUUGGUUUCGGUAAGGGUAAGGCCGCAGAACGAAAAGGAGAAGGCGAGGAAUGAUAUAUGCGAUUGGGAAUGUGUCAAUAACACAACAAUAAUAUGUAACAGUAAUUUGCCUGAGAGAUCUCUCUUCCCUUCAACUUAUACAUUUGAUAAAGUGUUUGGAUUCAAUUCCGCCACGAAACAAGUCUAUGAAGAUGGAGCUAAGGAGGUUGCUCUUUGCGUUCUCGAUGGAAUCAAUUCGAGCAUUUUCGCAUAUGGUCAGACGAGUAGUGGGAAGACAUAUACAAUGAGUGGUAUCACUGAAUUUGCAAUGGAUGACAUUUUUUGUUACAUUGAAAAGCAUACAGAACGUGAAUACACUCUGAAAUUCUCUGCAAUUGAGAUCUACAAUGAAGCUGUGAGGGAUCUCCUAAGUGGGGAUAAUAAUCAACUAAGGCUUCUCGAUGAUCCAGAGAGAGGAACCGUCGUUGAGAAACUUAUUGAGGAGACCAUACAAGACAGAACACAUCUAGAAGAACUUCUUACAGUCUGUGAGACUCAGAGGAAGAUUGGAGAGACCUCCCUGAAUGAAACUAGUUCCAGAUCACAUCAAAUACUCCGGCUGACAAUUGAAAGCACUGGUCGAGAAUAUUCUCCUGAAAACUCCAGCACUCUUGCGGCGUCCGUGUGCUUUGUUGAUCUAGCUGGAAGUGAACGUGCUUCUCAGACUUUAUCUGCUGGUACAAGAUUGAAAGAAGGUUGUCAUAUAAACAGGAGUUUACUUACUCUUGGAACAGUCAUCCGCAAACUAAGUAAAGGUAAAAACGGGCAUGUACCGUAUCGAGACUCAAAGCUUACUCGAAUCCUUCAAAACUCGUUGGGAGGAAAUGCGAGAACAGCUAUCAUAUGCACAAUGAGCCCUGCACGUAGUCAUGUCGAACAGUCGAGAAACACCCUUCUCUUUGCAAUCUGCGCUAAAGAGGUGACGACAAAUGCUCAGGUCAAUCUUGUUGUGUCUGAAAAGGCUUUGGUGAGGCAAUUGCAAAAGGAACUGGCUCGAAUGGAGAACGAGUUGAAGAAUCUAGGAUCUGCUUCUGGAGACUCUGACUUCUAUUCUUUGCUGAAACAGAAAGAGGAAGUGAUUGCAAAAAUGGAGGAACAAAUGAAAGAAUUGAAAUGGCAACGUGAUGUAGCUCAAUCCCAAGUGGAGAAUUUACUUAAAUCAUCAGCUGAAGAGCGGUCUUCUAGGAUGGACGAACAAUCCAUGUUUAGUUCCAUGGAUUUUGAUGCUGAUCUCCGAAGAAGAAGCUAUGAUUUAACAGAUCUUGGAGAACCUAGUAUCAUCAAUAAGUUAACCGAGAGGAAUUUCGACUUUUUGGAAAAUUCUGAAGAAGAUGAUUUCUUGCUUGAUGAUAAUACCCCUCAAUUUUCGAAGCAUACCCUAUACGAUGGCUGGGAGGAGAUGGUCGAAAUAACUGAUGAAAACAUGGACGAUGUGUGCAAAGAAGUUCGAUGCAUUGAACCUGAAGCUGAACAUGGACAACAAGCAGUAGUCAAAAGCCAUGACUCAUUAGACGACAUAGUUGAUAAGAAAGCUAUCUCUGAGGUUCUCUCACCUAGGAAGGAAGAAAUUUUACCAGCUAUGGAAUACAAACAAAGCUAUGAGUCUUCUAUGGGUAAUGAGAAAGCCGAGAAUGAAGACGUGGAGAUUAGCACAUCUGCAGGAAAGGAAGAAAAUUUAUCAGGGUUGGAAUACGAACAAAGAGAUAACUCUUUUACGGGUAAUGAGAAAGCAGAGAAUGAAGAAACUGAGAUUGGAACACCUGCAGAAAAGGAAAACGUUGACUUAUCCUUAAAAACUGUAGAUGUUGAGUUGUCUCUAAACGCUAAGCCUGAGACAUAUGAGCUAACUUUUAAAAAAUCAGAUUUGGAGAUGGAAUCAUCAGUUGAAGCUCAAGAAUCACAGGAAUUUGUGAAAGAAGACGAACAAAGGAAGAAAGAAGAAAGGAAAAUGAGUCCUUCCACAACGCAAGCUGAGCAAUGCUCAAAUAAAGAUGAAAAUACUCAGUCACAACGUCAAUCAAAGGAAGACUGUGAAUUGAAUUCACUCCCUAUGACGAAGCAAUCAGAAGAGACAGUCGAAGUGGAGUUAGCACCCAAUGAUGCUAAGUCAAAUGAGGAUGCGACAUUUGGAGAUAAGUGGGAGAGAAAACUGCAUCAAGACACCGAUAGAGAUUACAACAAAUCAUCAGUCAGCAAAAAUAUUGGGAUAGAUGAUAUUGACAACAACAUUUCUUAUAUGGCUUUGAAAGAAAAAGUUAAGGAGAUGCAGAAGAAGAUUGAAUACCUUAUGAGCAUUCACACAGCAGAACAACAACAUUCACCUUCCUUCAGAAGAGAACAUAAUAGUCCAGAAUGUUUUACUACCAAAAGAAGCCGAAGUUGCAGAGAGAAUCUCUUGAGUGUUAGAUCUCCUCAAUGGUUUGAGAAUUUGGAAGUGAACAAUAAUACAUCACCUGCCUGGGGGAUUAUGGGGUUAAAAGCGUCUCCUGGUAUACCAAUAAGCAAGACUUCCAACACUUCGAGCAUUUCCUUUGACUCAGGGAGUUCAACCUCCAUUGAUGCGCGUAGCCUGAAAGACUAUGAUCCUGAGACAGGAAAUAGCUUCCAUGAAUUUGUAGCAGGGCUUGAAAAAAUGGCACAGCAGCACCACUCAAUCGACUCGACACCAGAGCUAGAUUAUGGGAUUUCAUAUGCCCUUACAAGAACCAAAAGAAUUGAGAUCAGACAGGAAAGCCCUGCAAAAAAUAUUAGAGGAAACGAGAAUGCAUUACCAAAUCCUCAGGAUAUAAAUGAAGAAACCAGAGAUGCCACCAAUAAUCAAUCAGAGAGCGAGAAGGCUGAUGUUUCGGUUGAAGAUGCAAAACCUAAGGAAACAGAUUCCAUAGAGUCUUCCCUAGAGAAACUACAGGCAGCAUCUAUUGGACAACAUUCAACCAAUUCUUCAGACUUUGAGAGACAGCAAAGGCAAAUAAUUGAGCUUUGGGCGAUUUGCAAUGUACCACUGGUACAUAGAACCUACUUCUUCUUGCUCUUCAAAGGUGAUCCUUCCGAUUAUGUUUAUAUGGAAGUCGAACUUAGAAGGUUAUCUUUUCUGAAGCAGACGAUAUCUAAUGACAUGGACGCAUCAAGGAUACAAACAAUGAAGGCACUCACACGUGAGAAGGAAUGGCUUUGCAAACAAAUACCAAAGAAGUUUCCAUUGAGCCAAAGAAUAGAACUUUACCAAAAAUGGGGUGUGGAGGUGAAUUCAAAGCAGAGAAGCAUGCAGGUAGCGCAAAAACUGUGGACCAACACCCAAGACAUGGAACAGAUAAAAGAAAGUGCUUCUCUUGUGGCUAAGCUGCUUGGAUUUGUUGAGCCAAGUCGAAUGCCAAAGGAAAUGUUUGGCCUAAGCUUGUUACCUAGAACCGAAAACGUAAAAUCAUCUGGCUGGAGGUUUACCAAAUCCUUUUCUGGCCUACGCUUGACCUGAUGAUAACCAGAGCACAUUUAUUAUACAUAUAAACCAGU